CAGAAAGGUAUCGCGCGCGACAUCGGCUGGCGAAACCACUUGGAAUUGUCACUUGGCUGUUUUGUGGGGAUCCUGCAGAUGGCGCCGUUGACACGUAAUUCAUGAAAGGAACACGUCCAGCGGUUUUCAUGCCGCCGUACACAUGCUUCGAUGUUGGAAUUAAAAACGACUUUGUACGGUAUAAAUGUACACAGCCGUUGGUAAUAAAUCCGCCAAGAAUUUCCAUGUGACGGGGGAAAAGUGCGGAGACAGAGAGGAGGAAGCGCAAAUCCCAGCAACGUGCUAGUGCUACCUUUGCUAUGCCAGUUGUUGCGACCCGGAGGAUCUGAUGUGAGCAUGCGCACUGCAUCGCCUCUAUGGGGACUGGGAGGACAUCACGGAAAAAACGGAGCAGCGGCACCACCGCGAACCCUACGCCGAGAUUGCGCACGACUAAGCGGCCCAAGACUAUGCCCAGCGCGGCGCUAGCGAGCGGGACGACCCCUUGACAGGCCUGAAGCCAGCUCUGCGCCGCCGCCGGGAGGGGUGGGGUGGGGGGGGGGGACGGACACAUUUCUUCAUGUGGGAGCAGCAUGCGGGAAAUGGUCGGUGGUUGCUGCGUGUGUUCCGACGAGCGAGGCUGGGCUGAGAACCCGCUCGUCUACUGUGAUGGACACGGCUGCAACGUCGCCGUACAUCAAGCAUGCUAUGGCAUCGUUCAGGUGCCCACUGGCCCGUGGUUCUGUCGUAAGUGUGAGUCACAGGAGAGGGCAGCGAGAGUGAGGUGUGAGUUAUGCCCCCACAAAGAUGGCGCUCUCAAGAGAACAGACAGCGGAGGUUGGGCUCACGUUGUGUGUGCACUUUACAUACCGGAGGUGCAGUUCGCCAACGUCCUCACCAUGGAACCCAUCAUCUUACAGUAUGUUCCACAUGAUCGAUACAUGAAGACAUGUUACAUCUGUGAGGACCAUGGCAGAGAGAGCAAGGCAGCAUGUGGAGCGUGCAUGGCCUGUAACAGACAAGGCUGCAGACAGGCAUUCCAUGUCACCUGCGCUCAGAUGGCAGGCCUGCUGUGUGAGGAGGAAGGCCCUGAAGCUGACAAUGUCAAAUAUUGUGGCUACUGCAAGCAUCACUACAACAAAAUGAAGAAACGACGCUCCAGUGAAAAUGCAAGUAGUACCUUCAGUCAUUCCAGGGGGCGCGCUACUUCUCCAUCACAGGACAAACAUCACCACCACAGGCAGCGGAAGAGUCACAAGGACAAGAUUCGUCAGAAAGACCGCCACAAGUCCUCUGACAGCCUUGUCCCUUCGGUGGUAUCCAGCAGUAUAGACAUGCUCUCUUCCACUCACCACAGUUCCAAAGACAGUGAGGGAAAGUCCAAGAAGCUGAUUUCGCACAGUCACGGUCACCACAAUAAGAAAGCAGGAAGCACCGUCAAGAGUGGCUCCUCCUCUUCCUGUUCCUCCAGUCCAUUCAAUCCAGGUGGAGAUCAGUCUUCCGCUCCAGAUUUCCAUCAGUACUCCUCCUCUUCCCGUCUGGAGCGUGACCAAGAGCGAGGAGGCGGUGACCACAGUGGCGAGGAUCGCAAAGAGCGUCACAGGAGGCCAGCCGUCCAGAGGGCCAAAGAGGACGGUGAUAAGGAGGAAGACAAAGAUGAGGAUGAGGAGGAAGACGAGGAUCGCAAUUAUCAUGAGCCGCCAGCGUUGACGCCUGCUGAGGGCCCUCUCACUGGGUCUCAGGGUCAUGAUCGGUCAGAUGCAAACUCAAGCCCUUUCGAGAACAAGGUCACAAUUUCAACUUUUGGCUCCAUCAUGCGCAUCACCUCCACAUCAGUGCUGGGUAGUAGCAGUAAGAUCCGCAAGAUCUCCUCUUCAGGGGACUACAAACCUUCCAAGUCUCUGUGCAAGUUGUCUCAACUAAGCACACCACCUAUCCCAGAAGAAACAGAUUUAGAGGACAAAACUACCCUGCCACCUCUGCCCCAAGAGAGAAGGCACCGUGGCAACAAAAAGAGCCGCCACGGUCCAGGCCGACCUCGGGGAAGCAAGAACCGAGAGAGGAAAGAGGACGCUCAUUAUCAUCAUCACAGCACCGCACCUCCUCCUCCACCACCACCAGUCUUCACCUCCUCGCUCUACCCGAGCCCAAUGUCAGUUCCACACCUGGCAUUCCCCUCCUCAUUGCCCACCACCACCCCUUUGUCCUCUUCAUUCUCAUCUUCCUCAGCUAGCAGUUUUUCCACAAGCCGUGGCAACUCGCUGCUUGGCUCGGGUAUUUAUUCCAGCCUUAAGAACCCUCUUUCACUGGGUGGGGGCAUCUGCAGCACCGCUGUCUCUCUGGGUGGAGGGGUGUGUAGCACCUCCUUGUCCCUGGCUGGGGCCAUGUGUAGCACCUCUCUCUCAUCAGGACUCCUCCCAUCCCACGCACUCUCACUCUCGCACCAAUCAAGCAAUCCUGUUUCAAACCCACAGGUGCAUCCAGGUUCGAGCAGCGCCUACAAUGUAACCUCCACGCAACCUUUCAUCACUGGUCUCUCCACACUGCCACCACUACUGAGUCAAGCCCCAACCUCACUACGAGAGUCAGACCUUGAUGACUGUCGCUUCCCAUGUCAGGGAAACUCGCCGAGGGAAAGUCUUUCCUCACAGUCUCCUAUGAGCUCCCUCCCACUUCUUUUUGACCAGAGAGAUGGUUUAGGUGCAGGAAUUCAAGCAUGUCCUGAGAACAUCCCCCAGGCAAGCUCGCACAUUGAGCUCCUGUUGGAGAAACAUAGCAAUGGAGAGAUUGGCGUCAAUAUUGUUGACAUGCUCCAGUCACUUCACUCGCUGCAGCAGGAGAACCAGCGGCUCCAGGACCAGAUCCUCAGUCUGACAGCCAAGAGGGAGCGACUGCAGUUGCUCAACACCGAGCUGGCUGUACCUUUCCCUCAUGCUCAUUCCGUCCAAGGCUCUUUGCACACCGCACCCCGGAUCAACUUCCUGUCCUCAAGUCAAGACCCCCUAAUCACCAAUAAGAGUCCACUGUCGAAGAACAGUUUCCUUAAUGAAACUUCCUUUGUUACCUCCUCUGAGGAUCUCCACUCUGGUAGUCCGUCCCGCAGUUGCUCUUCCCUCUCCUUCCAGAGUACUCCUCCUCCUCAACCAAGCCCCGCCUCCUCGAGUCAACCAGUGAUGAAUGGGCGAGGUACGGGUGACAGUUUGAGGAUAAUAAGUCAGGUUGGCACCUCUACUCAGCUUGUGGCGGGCGGGCUACUCACAUCUCUUGCAGGAAGUCCUCAACUGAGUCUGAAUGGAUCGCUCAGUGGUUUAAAUGGGGUGAUACAUUCCCCUGUCCAGAGCGCAUCUCAGUCCACACUCCCUGCUCUGCGUCCCCAGCCGCCUCCACUCCACCCUCAGACAAUGGCACAGAGCUUUCAGCUUCCCAAGAGUGUGAGCCCGUCUUCUCUCCUGUCAGAGCAGCAGAAACAGAUUAUUCUGGAGCAGCAGCAGCAACUCCAGCAGUUCCUCACAUCACAGAACUUCACUCCUGAGCAGAGGGCAGUCGUUUGCCAGAUGCUUCAGCAGCAGAGGCAGAGGGAGCUGCAGCGCCUCACACUGGCAGGAGCCCUCACGUCCACGACAAAUUCCCCCAUAUUGGCCCAGUCGCCCAACCUGCUGUCCUCAGCAACUUCCUGCCCCCUGCAGGGCAGCCAGGGGGGAAACCUCUUUGGGCGACAGGAAGGCCCCCUUCAAAAGCCUGCUGCAGGAGAGAAGGGCGGAGACAAGAAUGGAUAAAACCCCCAAUGUUACAACACCAUCUCAAAUGAAGAUAUUGAUCAUAACUCUGAGGAAUGACUGAGGUCAACUCACAUGACAUGAGGACAGCAUUUCUACUCUGUCAUCUUUAAUGAAUGUACAACAGGAUGGACUUGAGGGUGAGGUUUUUGUGCAUGGAAGUUGUUUUUAUCAGAGGUUCUUUAAUGUUUUUACACAGGCAGCUUUUCAGAGAGCACAAAUACAGUGGUCUCUUCUUAAAUUGCACUAAUUUGUUAGUUAGACCAACGGGCCUGCUUAUUAUGUGGACACUCUUUACUCGUCCUGACAGGUGUGGUCUUGUUUCUUGUUUUGAAGUAUAAUCUCAAGCACUGAUCUUUAAUGAAUCCUUUCCAUAGAUUUUCACAUUCAGACUGUUGGGAAUUAAUGAAAGAAUGUCAUCCACUUGUGAGCCACCUCACACAUUUGUCUUCCUGUAAAUGUUUUCUUCCCUUUGUGUUCGCCACACCCACAUUAUUUCCAGGCAUUUGCUUUAUGCUUAAUAAAAAGCUAAAUUUAAUAUCGUCUUUCACACGAGUGACUUGCUGUUGACUCCUGACGGGACAAGCCGAAAGUCACAACAACAAGGUGGUCAGUGGCAUUUCAAUUACCUCAAAACUUUGUACCAUCAUUUUCUACUCUGUUGUGUGGGUUCCAUUUUGUGAUAACUCCUUUUACUACUUAUACAGGAUAUAAAUGGCCACCGAAAAUUUUGUCAUCAACCAUGUUAAAGCUAUUUACUGAUGUCUAAAUAUCCACAAUUGCGUAUUGGUCCCUACAACUGGCAUUGCAUCUAUUCAAAACCAGAAAAGUUUAUCUAUCUAUCUAAUUGCUGUCGAGAUUAAGAGGAUGAAACCAAACAUUUAGAAGUUGUUAGUGAGUUGUUCUUUUUCCUAAGUGUGCACUUUGCGUUAGUAGUCGAAUGAGCUAUUUAGUCAUCAACACAAAAGAUGCUCAGUAACUUCAAGAGACUUGAUUUUUUUUUUUAUGAGAAUCAGCACUCUUUUUUUAUAUAUAUAUAUAUAUAUAUAUAUAUAUAUAUAUAUAUACAGUAUAUAUUUCUGUUCAACAUUCUUUUCAUGUCUGAGAACUCGCUGUUCUUUUAGCAAUACUGGCUAGAUAAUGCCUUAAUGUUGGUAGUCUUUUUUUUCAUUGCGGAUACAUGGAGAGUUACUGAAAAGGCACUCAUCCUAAACCCAUUUAUACAUUUUAUAGAUAAUUUCAUCAAAUGAAAUGUGUGAAUAACCUGAUAGUGAUAACUAUAGUGUCAUUUUUUACUGUAUAAUUUUUGUGUUCAGAUACAAUGUUCUUGAGUUGUAUGUGCUUCAGAGAUGUGAGAGAAAAGUACGAAAUGGAAAUCUUACAAUGAAGCCUGCACAGUGGUGCCCUAGCAAAGGAUGUAAACUAUAAUGAAAAUGCUGUCACAAUAGUGUGUUAUUUGUGGUGUUCCCUGCUCUGAGGAUGGUGAAAUGAGAUGCAGUGGACCCUUAUUGGUUACUGGCGCUUCCAUUCAUGGCAUUGGCUGAUGGAAAGCUUAUUUUCCCCUACUACCGUAAUUUCUUAUGUAUAAUGUGCAUUUUUUUUGCCCAAACAAUUGUCAAAAGUCAAUAGUGCGAAUUAUACAUAGGUAUAGGGGCAAAUGGGAAAAAACUUUCACAUUUUAUAAAUGUAUGCCGCCAUCUAUUGGUAAUGAAAAAGCUGUACACUUUAAUUCCAAAAUGCCACCGCCACCUAGUGGUUAUAAAAAAGGUGUAGCCUACACUUUCAAUCCAAUAUGACAGGCGUGUACAUAUGACUGCAUAUAUGUACAUUUGUGCUGAUAAGUUUACAUACCCUGGCAGAAUUUUAUUAUUUUUUUAAAUAUCACUGAUGACUGAACAACAACCAUCAUUAAUUUCUUUAUGGUUAUGUUAUGUUUAAUGAUAAUGCUUUUCUGAAAUGCUUGACCGUUUAAUUUGAAUCGCAUUAAAAUACAAUUAAAUGUGUUUCACCUGGUCCUUCAUGUUUUCUUUAAAGAAUUGUACCCAUCUUACAAAUUCUGCCUGGGUAAUCAAAAAUAUGAGCACACCUGUGUGUUUCCUCAGUCACUAAAUAAAAGUAGGGCUGUGAAUUUCAAAAUAAGAGCAAGUAAAUUAAAACAAAAAGGAUUAAGUGUGCAAACCAAGUGCUUAACUUCAGAAGAAUUCUUUGAAAAAAAAAAUAACAAAAUACAUCCAUCCAUCCAUUUUCUGAGCCGCUUCUCCUCACUAGGGUCGCGGGCGUGCUGGAGCCUAUCCCAGCUAUCAUCGGGCAGGAGGCGGGGUACACCCUGAACUGGUUGCCAGCCAAUCGCAGGGCACAUACAAACAAACAACAUUCGCACUCACAUUCACACCUACGGGCAAUUUAAGGUCCCCAAUUAAUGCAUGUUUUUGGGAUGUGGGAGGAAACCGGAGUGCCCGGCGAAAACCCACACAGGCACGGGGAGAACAUGCAAACUCCACACAGGCGGGACCGGGGAUUGAACCCCGCUCCUCAGAACUGUGAGGCUGACGCUCUAACCAGUCGGCCACCGUGCCACCUAACAAAAUACAGAUAAUACUCAAUGUUUUGAUCAUAUGGGUAGAAGCAAAAUCAUGCAUUGUAAAAAUGCAUUAUACAUAGGUAGAAGGGUUAUCCAGAAUUUUGAGGUCAAUUUAGGGGGCGCGUAAUAUACAUGGGUAUGCAUUUUACACGAGAAAUUACGGUAUAUGUUGCCAUGUGAUUCUUCCAUUCUUUUGAUCACAAAUUCAUAGGAGGAAGGGAUUUUUUUAAUGUUUUCUCUUUUUUUCUGUAGCAAUAUUGUCACGGGUCUUGUUUUCUCACCUCUUCAAUUUGAAAUAUCGUCUGCCCUACGUGAUAUCUUGAGUGCUAGUUAUUUUUGUGUGUAGAUGUCAGAAAACAACUUAAAACAGCUCACUAGGAGGUGAUUAAAUACUGUAGCAAUGACAGAAUGGGAAUGUUUUAUUAUGUUGAUUGAAAAAAAAUAUGAGCCAACUUUUAACAUUAAAAGUGGGACGUCUACAAUUUACCAAGUAUGUGUGAAGUCCUGAGAAGACUAUGUCCAAUGAAGGUUUUGUUUUCUUUCCCAUGUUGCACUGGGGCAUUGUAAGCCCAAUUUGUUCAAUCUAUUUUAUUUGAUUAUAAGUUGUCCAUUUCUUUGUGCAAGACAUGUUCUUUAAAGCUUUGAAGUUUGGGUAACCAAGAUAAUCCAUGUUAUGAAUGUCGUACUGUGUAUCUUCAGUGUUACAACAUUAGAGCACCCAUCUCAUAGUGAGGUUUGAUGGAGAGUUACUUGUUAGAAUAAGAAUUGCAUAAAAUGCAGUGGUUUCUCAAAUAUAUCAAUAAUUACGAAGUUAUAACUAUGCAUGAUUUUAAAUGCAUUAUUCCCUAGCAAAGAAAUGUUUUUAUUAAAUGAGCACCUAAAGCACCUAAGGACAAGGUUGUUGUCUUUGUAGAGGAUAUUUGCCUGAGAGAAUUGAUAAAAAAAAUGAAUUUGACAAUAUUCAGAUUAAAUCCCUGUAAAGUAUUUUGAUAUUUUUGUGUGUAAAAUUAAAAUGAUGGAUGAGUACAGUUUUGUUUUGUCAAUAAAUGUAUUUUACUGA